AUGAUUGUCUAUAUUUCGUAUGACGAGCCUGGCCGUUCUGCGUGGCGCGUGGCGCUGGGAAUCCUCGCAAUCCUGAUCGCCCUCGGGAUAAUCGUCGCCGUUGUUGGGGCCGUGCUCUGGUGGGUGAACAAUAACCAGGGGGGCGCCGUGUCCGCGCCCGCACCGGCCUCCGUCGCACCGCCGGCUGACGCGGUUUCGUUGCAGCAGGCGGUUACCUCCCUCCACGAGCCCGAUACCAACACCAUUUUCCUGGUUGACGCCAGCCAGAGCAUCGAACUUGGCGGCGACCUGGACGUGGUCAGGCAGUCACUGGUGGAUGUAGUGCUGCCCUAUGUAGACCCGUCUGCGGGCGUGGCGGCGCAAAAUAGUCGGGCGGCAUUGAUAACAUUCACUCAGUCGACCAAUGCGGUUGUACCUUUGGGAGUGCUGACAGACUCGGACAAUCAGCGGGCCUGGCUGGCGAACGCCGGUACUCUGGCCACCGUUGACGAGGGUGCGUUCAUCUAUGACGCCGUCAAAGAAGCGCACAAUAUGCUGGCAAUGGUUAACGAUGACACGCGCAGCAAUGUCAUAGUGCUGCUCACCGACGGCGCCGAUGGCGGAAUCGAAGUGCCAAGUGGCAACACGGUGCACAGCGAAACCAGCCGCGAUGCACUGGUAGCCAUGCUGGCCACCAGCCCGGUGCACGACCUGACGGUCCAUACCAUCGGGUUCGGCGCAGAAGCCGACCAUGUGUCCCUCAAGAUCUUGGCCCAGGCGACUUCCGGCAAGUACACCUAUGCCAGUCGUUAA